AUGGUCGCCAGCAAACCAGAAUGGCUCCUCGCCCCGCGCGACAUAAAACCAAACACAACAAUAACACUGGGUAAACUCAUCUGCAACCCAGCCAUCCCAGAAGGCCCACCCUAUCUCGCCCCGGCGCUGCCCAUCCCGCCAAACGCCACAUCUGAAUUCAACUACCCGUGGACCAGGGAAGUCAGCCACGAGCAAAGCGGAAUGAUCGGGAUCUUCGCCUCGUUCAUGGCGAGUUUUGGCAUAGGCGGUGAUGCCAGUGCACAGUUUGAGCGGCAGCAUAAAUCGCGCGUUGAGGUUGCGAGGCUACAGACGGUCAAGUUUGAGCCUGGGGAUGAGUAUUUGCAACGGACAUUGAAUUUGCCCGCGAACCUAGGGUUCCUUAAGGAGACCAGAUUCAGAAAGCCUAUUUAUGUUGUUACGGGGGUCAAGGUUGCAUAUGGCGGGCGGACCAGCAGGUCGAAUGCGAAGGCUCUGGGGGGCGAAGGAAGUAUCGGGCUCAAUCCUGCUGUUCCAGGGUUGCAGCUAGGACCAAAGGCCGGGCUGAGCCAGAAGAUUGAGGAGAGUGCAUUAUUCGCGCCGAAAGGAGAGGUUUGUCCGGAGAUGUUCACAAAAGGGGCUGUGUUUUCUCAAGAGGCCGCUCUAGAUGAGGAUAUCCCCAUGCAGCUAGAGAAGGCUGAAAUUGACGACAAUGAAAGUGGCGUGGAGCUUCUGGGGCUGGAGGAAGAGUGCUCAGGCCAAGACGAAUUCGGUCUGAACGGUCACGAUGCCUUGGAUGAAAGUGGUGAAGCUUGUAUACUUGUCGCACCUUAG